AUGACCGACGGAAAAGCAGAUUUUGUAAAAUUCGUAAAAUACUUUACCUCUCGUCUAGUUCAAACAUUAGUUCAGGUAAGAGCUUUUUUUUUUAGUUCUGGAGAGAAAAAAUAUUUAGGCGAGGCUUGGAGAACAUGUAGAUAAAAUAUGCACAGCUGUUCCCGAUCAUAAUGAUUGGUUCAACCUGAAAAUCGAUGAGAUCGGCGAGGUUUCUGCUUAUUUGAAGUCCACAAUAACGAAGUGAGUAUUUGAAUGAUUUUCUGGAUGGGGACUUGAGAAAAAGUUUUGAAACUUUUUUCACGUAGCACUAAAAAAAUGGGCCGUGAAUGAUGGUUAAGAUAAAAUCUGUAGGUUCCCGCCGUACUCGCCUGUGGUUAUCGAGUUCAUUCUUUACACAGCUGACGGCCAGCAUUUGCCGUUAGAAGCAUGGUAGAAGAUUUCUACACGAAUAUUUUUAUUCUCCAAAUUUUUAGGAUUUUGACAGUCAAUAGUGAUAAAGGAAAAGAUGUGAACGUCAGGACGGAGCUCUAUCAUCAGAUGAGCACUUUGCUUCGGUAAAGUCUAUUUAGUUCCUGGAAAGUUUAUUAAUUUUAUGAGCUUUUAAGAUCGGUGGCUUUAGCUGCGCGAAUGACGCCGAUGCACAGACAAUACGUGAAAAAACAGAGCGAAGACUCAUUUAUCGUUUUGUACAGAGUGAGUAUCCGAUGACAAUCGUUCUCGUCUUUGUUUUCUGUUUGUUUUUCAUACAUUUGUUCAACCUUAAAAUUUUCCAGCUUUACGACAGCACCGUGACUUCCAACAUGGGCAAAGACAGCAAAAAACGACGUUUGGGAGAACUUCCAACGCCUUUUGGCACACUUUGCCUGGAUUUAGUUUUUCGCACCUCUAUGCUGAUCGAUGAAAACGAAGAAAAUUUUCUUGCCAAAAGGUUUUUUCCUUGUUUAUUUUCUGAAUCAUUUUUGUUUCAUCAAAGUGUCAUGGCAAAAAACCGGUUUAUUAGCUCCCAAUCGCUUCUCUUCCGCAAUAGUGUGACAUUGAUUUUGUUUGAAGCGACAAAUUCGCAAGGAGAAAGGAAUAUUUUGAUGAAACAAUAAGGAAAUUCUAAAAGCUUCACAUUGAUCAAGAAUGGAGAUUUUCCCGUUUUUUAAUGAAAAAAAGCUUAAAAAACCGAUCUUUUUCGGAAACACGACAUCUUUUCAGUAAUUCGGAAGAAUACACUGGAGCCUUAAUUCAAGCGAAUGACGCCGGAGUUCCCAGCAGACCUUCACUUUCCGACUGCUUACCGGUUCAGAAAGAAGGUAUUAUUCACUUCAAUUUUUUUGUGAAUAUUCUUAAUUUUUUUCUAUCGUCAUGUUCCAUUUUUUUAGAUGAGAAGGGAAAAAGAUUUCAACAGUCCAAUGAGCGCAGGAAUGUGUGCUUUUGCAAUUUCUCCAGAGGAGGUAUCGGGUUUUUCAAGGUUUUUGGAGACACAUUUACGAAUUUCCGUAGAAAAAAAUUUCAAAAAAAGGAUCAAAUGAUUACAUCAUAAAAAAAUGAAGUAUAUGACUUCUUUACCUUGGAGUUCUUUUCAGCAGCCGGGCGCAGUUGCGCCUCGUUUUUCGGCUCGGCGUCUCAACUUCCAGCGACGACUCUAACAUUUCCGAACAUCCUGUCCUCACGAUCGACAAUAAAACUCGCGCUAAAUUAGUAAGCUCAAAAGUUUAACAAUUUAUUUAUUUCAAAAGUUCAGGCGCUCCUGAGGAAUCACUCUUUUCCACUUUCUUCUCUUCUUCAGUCGGCGUAUGAGAUUCCCAAAAAACAAUGCUCAAUGUUGGCUCUUAGUAAGUUUUGAUGAAUUUAAUUUCUAUUCACACCAAGGGUGGGAGAAAUAAAGGACACUCCCGGGCGCAAGAUGCCCGUCUGAGGCAUCAGGCCUUCUCGAUGAAAUGAGCAGCGUUAUGUGGUGAUGGCGUGUAAUACCACGUCGUAACAGUCACCCAAAAAUUGUCAUUAUUAAUUAUUUUCGAUCAGUUUUUGGAUUUUGCAAUUUUUUCAUCAUUUCUCAUCGAUUUUUUAAGGCUCCCUUGAGAAAAUAAAUUUCCGCCGCCACACAAUUAGAAAUUUUAAGUGACCAUAAAAUUUGGAAGCUCCAAAAACAACCAUUUUAGAAGAUCCCAUAAGUUUGCCGUUUUUUCUUCCAAUGGCAUUAUUUUGCCGUCGCGGUUUUUGACCCCUGGCGGCUUAAGCAGCGCAUUGGUAAUAAAUGACAAUAGCGUUUCACGUAGGAUGUAUAAUGUUGAAUAUGUGAAUUGAUAGUGAUCAAAUGAUAGAUCACGUGAGAGAUAUCCCAACUAAGAGUAUAAAAGAAGUCGGGAACUCAGAUCAUAAUCACUCGUACCGCCCCCGUUUCGCCUCCAGCCUCGCCGUCGCUUCAAGCCUCGGACUGACGACUUCUCUCCUCAACUUCCUCUUACCACACCUAGUUAAUAAAACUAUUGUGGGGUACUCUUCUUUCUGAUAACGCACAAGAUACAUUAAAGUGGCGAUCAGUAAGCGGACUAACUAAAUAAAAGAAAGAAAUAAUGACGGAAAACCCUGUUGUGUCAUCAAACUCAUACCUGACGAAAGGACCCGGUGCCUACGUACCGGGCACGUCAUGGGAAAUAUAUGAGAAGAUGUUCAACAAUUUUUCUGAAGAUGCGUAAAAGUAACUGUUGAUACGGAAAAAAAGCGUGCAUAUUAGUAUGCGAAAUAGGUGUCACAGUUUACGCAGAAAUAGAAUCCCUGUCUGAUAAACCUAUAGAAAAUCUGUCGUACGACGAGUUGAUAAUUUUGCUCAGGAAGCGUUACAUGCCAAAGAAAUUGACGCUGGCAGAAAGAGUGAAGUUAUUAAACAUUGUCCAAACAGAGGGUCAAACAGCAGAGGAAUUCUAUACGGAAUUAAGAAAGAUCGCAACACACUGCGAAUUUGACAAAGUAACAAAUGUAUUAGAUAUGAUGGUUACAAUGUUAUUCGUAAGAGGGUUGAGAGAGGAAAAGGUCAGAGCGCAGUUGUUGAACAAAGUUAAAGCUUACGGGACCGGAAGCACUCGAAGAGGUGGCUGUGUUAGCAGCCGCGAAAAAAGAGAGCCAAAAGAUGACUAAAAAUAAUGCCACAGUAAAACAUUCACUUCUCACGGUUAGUCAACCGGUAAGACGAGAUGGCCAAUACAAAGAUAAGGCUAAAAUGAAGUGUUUUACAUGUGGAAAAUUAGGUCAUAUGUCCAGAGAUUGCUAUAGAAACAAAAAAAGUCAAGCAGUCAACAUAGUAAAUCACGUUCCAAAAAUGCAAGGAAACCAUAAAAGAAAACAUUUCAAAGUAAAAAAAUCACACUAUGUCACUAAUGAUCGAGAAUACGACAGUGAAUCAGUGGAUUUCGUAAAUUUAGCGGAAAUGGAAAAUGUGGUUAAUGCCAUUUAUCCGGCAUGCAUGGUACCUAUAAAAGUAGACGGUACGAACGUUGAUUUUGAACUGGACACCGGCGCUUCCAUGAGUAUAAUUGGUAUCUCACAGUGGGAACUUCUGGGAAAACCAAGACUCACACCCGUUGCGUAUACCGCGAAGGCUUACGGGAACUCUCGAAUUGAAUUCAAAGGAAAGUUCAGUUCGUGGGUUGAGUUCGAGAAUAAGAAAGCGCACGUAACACUGCAUGUGUUAAACACCAAGGCCGUUUCUCUCUGUGGCAGAGACCUAAUAUGCCAAUUAGGACUCGAUGUCACAAAACUGUUAAGAAAUCUGGUAAAUGAAAUGCCUAAGAUAAACUCUGUUCAAGAGGUUGAGGCAGUGUUAACUGAUUACCAAGAGAUUUUCGAAGACGGCCUGGGUACGUGCACAAAAGUCAAAGCAAAAUUACAUGUGAAACAGGGGGCAAUGCCAAAAUUUUGUAAAGCCCGACCAAUCGCAUUUGCUUUGAAACCACAGGUUGAGGCAAAUAUCGACGAAAUGGUACAGAAAGGAAUCUUAGUACCAGUCGAACAUGCAGAAUGGGCCUCAGCUGUGGUGGUGGUUCCGAAACCAGGGGGUAAAGUAAGAAUCUGUGGAGAUUUUAAACAGACCAUAAACCCCUGGCUGGACGUGAACCAGUACCCGCUUCCGAAACCGGAAGAGUUAUUUCAUGCACUAAAUGGUGGACAGAAAUUCUCAAAGAUCGAUCUGAAAGAUGCGUAUCUGCAGUUGGAAUUGGAGGAAGAAUCUAAACAGUAUCUGAUAUUGAAUACAUUGAAAGGACUGUUUAGAUAUGAAAGACUUCCUUUUGGCGUAGCAUCGGCCCCUGCAAUAUUCCAGAAAACAAUGGAAACGAUGUUGCAGGGGGUUCCCGGAGUUAUAGUCUAUCUGGACGAUAUCACUAUAACCGCGCCAUCCGACGAAGAGCACAUAAAACGAUUAAGAGAAGUGCUGAAGAGAAUUAAGGACUAUGGUUUUCGGGUGAAGAAAGAGAAAUGCGAAUUUCUCAAACCGGAAAUAGAAUACCUGGGACAUAUAGUAAACGCCGAAGGCGUAAAAAAACGUCCUCAAAAAAAGGUAGAAGCCAUAGUCAAGAUGCCACCACCAAAGAACUUGAAGGAAUUACAGUCGUUCUUAGGCAUGAUAACUUAUUACGGGAAGUAUAUACCAAACCUGUCAUCUGAAAGUGCACCGUUGAAUCGGUUGCGACAAAAUGAUGCUGAGUGGGUUUGGGGAGAAAAAGGAGCAGAUGGCCAUAGAUAAAAUAAAGAAAAAUACUGGUAGACAGUGGAACACUGGCACACUACGACCCUACAGAGCAGAUAGUGCUCGCGACGGACGCGUCGGAUUACGGGCUAGGUGCAGUGAUAUACCACAAGUACCGUGAUGGUACAGAGAAAGUGAUAGCGUACGCAUCUAGAACUCUCACCGGAUCCGAGAAGAAUUAUGCGCAAAUUGAGAAAGAAGCGUUGGGCAUUAUCUAUGGCAUUGAAAAAAAUUUAACCAGUAUUUGUACGGAAGGAAGUUCCUCCUGUUGACCGAUCAUAAACCGCUCCUAAAGAUUUUCGGUCCGAAGGAAGGAUUGCCGGUGAUUGCAGCAAAAAGACUGCAACGCUGGGCAUUAAAGCUGAUGACAUACAGCUACGAAAUAGAAUACCGAAACACAGAGAAGUUCGGUAACGCUGACGGAUUAUCAAGGUUGCCCAACCCAGACGAGAGAGUGUCUGAAGAUAGUCAGCAAGUAGAAGGCGAAAUACUCGCUCUACACGAAGAAGCCAUAGCAGGAUUACCUGUAACGGCUGAAGAAAUAGCUAAAGAAGUAGCUAAGGAUUCUGCACUGCAGAAAAUUUUGCCUUAUGUGCAAGGUAGAAAACCGUGGCCAGAAAAGUGCACGGACGAAGCGCUAAAACCUUACUGGAGAGUAAAGGAUUCGUUAACCUUGCACGAAGGAUGUAUGUUAAAAGGUACGCGAGUGAUUAUUCCACAGACCUUGAGAGAAAGGGUAUUAAUGGAUUUGCACAGUACACAUGCAGGAAUAGUGAGAAUGAAAGGUCUUGCUAGGAUGUACAUGUGGUUUCCCGGAAUUGAUGAAAGAAUAGAACGGGAAGCUAAAACUUGUACACAAUGUGCUGAAACCGGGAGAGAAGAAACCCGGGUUCCAUUAAAGAUGUGGAGCGUACCAGAGUCACCGUGGCAACGAAUUCACAUAGAUUUUUGUGGGCCAACGGCUGACUAUAUGUGGUUAAUAGCGGUAGAUGCAAAGACAAAGUGGCCCGAAGCAUGGCCAAUGAAAACUACCACUACGAAAAACACCACGGAAUGCUUACGGAGAAUGUUCGCAGUACACGGGUAUCCGGGAGAAAUAGUCUCAGAUAACGGACCACAAUUUACUUCAGAAGAAUUUGAGAAGUUUUGUGAGAUAAGGGGCAUAAAACAUACGUUAACCCCGCCGUAUAACCCUCAAUCUAAUGGUGAAGCUGAAAGAUUUGUGCAAACUUUUAAAAAAGGAUUAGAAAAAUGCAUAAAAUCAGGGCGAAAAGCCUUAGAAGCAGCACCCGAUAUACUAUUAAAAUAUCGGAUAACACCACACCCUGCCACCGGGAAGUCACCAUGCAUGAUGCUCAUGGGUCGACAAUUACGAUCGAGAUUGGAUUUAGUAGUGCCAAAAGGUAGCUCGGUAAAAAUUGAACCAUACACAGGAAAAAUAUGAAAGUGAUGGAAAAAUUACCGUAGAAGAACUACCGAAUACCAUGACAGAAAGGCCAAAUCGAAGAAGUUCCAAAUAGGAGAAAUAGUCUUUGCCCGAAACUACCGAGAAGGAGAGAAAUGGGUAAAAGGGGCUAUUAUAGAAAAGAAAGGAACUCGAUGGUUCGUAAUUGCAGUACCGGGUUUAGGCAGGUGGAAGAGACACUUGAACCAAAUGAAGAAGUUUGUGUCUAAAGGGGAAGGAGACUCCGGAAAUACCGAAAUAGUAAUAGAAAAGCGUACAGUAGUACAGCAGAAGGAGCCGGUAAUAAAACCGAAUUUGCCAGUCAGAUCGUCUAUCAGGAAAAGACAACCACCGACCCAUUUAAAAGAUUAUGUGACUACGUUACCUCAAAGCGCGAAAGACAAAGUGAAAAGAGUGCGUUUUGAAAAUGAGAAGAUCCACCACGUAAAAGGGAUCUGGAAUCAUCGAAGUGGAAAUGAGAGUAAAAAAGUCGUAGUAAAUCCGCGUGAAGAUGGGAGGUGGAUAAGAAAGGGUAUAAAAGACAUGAUGGAAACAGAUAGACACAAGAAGAUGUCGGACAAACCAUCUCGCAAGAAGAGCAAGAACCACGAAGGACGGCCGCCACCAGCAAAAAAACGUCGUGAACAAGCGCCGCCGGAACAGCACCAAGAGGAGCUGCCAUUCGUGCCUACGUACUUAAGACUGCACAGACUCCAGCAGAGUAUAAAUAGCUUGAAAGAACAAAUGGAGGUACAGUCAUUUCCUAAGAUAAUAUAUAAAAAAAUCUAAAAGGAAAGGAGUGUUGAAUAUGUGAAUUGAUAGUGAUCAAAUGAUAGAUCACGUGAGAGAUAUCCCAACUAAGAGUAUAAAAGAAGUCGGGAACUCAGAUCAUAAUCACUCGUACCGCCCCCGUUUCGCCUCCAGCCUCGCCGUCGCUUCAAGCCUCGGACUGACGACUUCUCUCCUCAACUUCAUCUUACCACACCUAGUUAAUAAAACUAUUGUGGGGUACUCUUCUUUCUGAUAACGCACAAGAUACAUUAAAUAUAAUGUGAAGGUUUCAAAGCUUUUAGAACUGCAUUUCUUCAUAUCUUAUUAACAAACAAAAUUUAUUGAAGAUUUGGUUCGAGCAGCAGAAGAACUUGAAGAGAAGCCAAAAGACUCACUUUUGGCAAUCGAAGAUCAAAAAUCUGACGAGGCUGACGACGAGAUGGACGGAAGUCAGGACGAUUCUUUUGUCAAGGUGAUCAAUUUUUAUUUCUGUUUUUUUUUAAGUGAGAUACUCUAUUCGCUGCCAGUUUGGAAAGAAGUUUGAAUUUUGUCCUUUUUUCUUUGCACUUUUAUUUCCGAAGAAUGAAAAAAUCUUGAAUUUUAAGCAUUCAUCAAACUUUUAAAGGUGAACUUACAAAAUUCAUCCAAAGCCUUUAUUUUGCAGAUUUGUGGGUUUGGCUCCUCUUCAAGCCUCGGCAACGACUUGGCAGAGCUUAUCAAGCAUCUCAAAACAGCGCCGGAAACUUUGUCGACCUGUGCCCAUUACCACGGAACUUGUGAAGAUAUUCAAAAAGAAGUGAGCUUUCAUUUUUCGUGUUUUUCUGAUCUAUCUAUUGCAGCUUUCCCAGUUUGAUGCUCAGAAGAAGGAGUUUGACAACUUCGUUGUUGGCGUCCGUAGGCUCAGCGAAGAAGAUUGA